CUCUCUUGUCCCUUGGAAAACAAAAUCCCACAAAAACAAGAAAACCCCCAAAAGAAGAAAACAGAGUCGUCCCUUUUUCUCACUCCACACCCAAAAAGUGCACAACUCACGGCUGACGUAUGACGGCCUCCGUGGAGAACUGCCAGUUCCCCCACCUCGACCCGCCGAUAAACGGCGUCGUACGCUCCUUCAACUUCUCCGAUCUCACUCCCUCGAAACUCGCGCCCUUCGUCGAAAGCAACGACUCAUCGUCCGAUGACGACGAGAAUGAGGUCGCCGUCGUCGAGGAAUACACGGAUUUAAUCCGGAGAGGCAACAACGAAUUAGAGCCGUCCAUCUUGGACCCCAGAGAUGAAGCCACAUCAGACAGCUGGGUGCGUCGUAACUCGUCUAUGGUCCGCCUCACUGGAAAACACCCCUUCAAUUGCGAACCGCCACUCACCCGCCUCAUGCACCACGGAUUCAUCACCCCAGUCCCACUCCACUACGUCCGCAAUCACGGCAUCGUCCCCAAGGCCACGUGGCAGGACUGGACCGUCGAGAUAACCGGUCUGGUCCGCCGCCCGACCCGGUUCACCAUGGACCAGCUCGUCCGCGAAUUCAAGCCACGGGAGUUCCCCGUGACCCUUGUCUGCGCGGGAAACCGGAGGAAAGAACAGAAUCUCGUUAAGCAGACAAUCGGCUUCAACUGGGGCGCCGCCGGCAUCUCCAACUCCGUGUGGCGCGGCAUCCCGCUUUGCGACGUGCUGAAGCGGUGUGGAAUCCGCAGCCGCAAGAACGGCGCCCUCAACGUGUGCUUCGAGGGAGCCGAGGACCUGCCGGGUGGCGGUGGGACCAAGUACGGCACGAGCUUGAGAAAGGAGGUGGCGAUGGACCCCUCGAGGGAUAUAAUCCUGGCGUACAUGCAAAACGGGGAGCUUUUGGCGCCGGAUCACGGGUUUCCGGUUCGGGUCAUAAUACCGGGGUUCAUCGGGGGUCGGAUGGUGAAGUGGUUGAAACGAAUCGUGGUCACAACCUCGGAAUCCGACAAUUAUUACCACUUCAAGGAUAAUCGAGUGCUCCCGUCGCACGUGGAUGCGGAGCUGGCCAACGCUGAAGCGUGGUGGUACAAGCCGGAGUAUAUCAUUAACGAGCUGAAUAUAAACUCGGUUAUAACGACGCCGUGUCACGAGGAGAUUUUGCCGAUCAACUCGUAUACGACUCAGCGGCCGUAUACAAUGAAAGGCUACGCAUAUUCGGGCGGCGGGAAGAAAGUGACACGAGUGGAGAUAACUAUGGACGGCGGGGACACGUGGCAUGUCUGCAUGUUAGCCCACCAGGAGAGGCCGAACAAAUAUGGGAAGUACUGGUGCUGGUGUUUCUGGUCACUGGAAGUGGAGGUGCUCGACCUACUCGCUGCCAAAGAGAUUGCCGUCCGAGCUUGGGACGAGACACUCAAUACUCAGCCCGAGAAACUCAUUUGGAACGUCAUGGGAAUGAUGAACAACUGCUGGUUUCGAGUGAAAACCAAUGUGUGCAAGCCACACAAGGGAGAGAUAGGACUAUUGUUUGAGCAUCCAACUCAACCUGGAAACCAAUCAGGUGGGUGGAUGGCCAAAGAAAAACGCUUGGACUCUGAAUCCAACACAACCCUAAAGAAGAGUUCUUCAACACCCUUCAUGAACACUAGUGCAUCCAAGAUGUACUCAAUGUCAGAUGUCAAGAAGCACAACUCUUCUCAAUCUGCUUGGAUCGUCGUCCACGGCCACGUCUACGACUGCACUCGCUUCCUCAAUGAUCACCCUGGUGGCGCUGAUAGCAUUCUCAUCAAUACUGGCACUGAUUGCACUGAAGAGUUUGAUGCCAUCCAUUCGGAAAAAGCCAAGAAAAUGAUUGAGGAUUAUAGAAUUGGAGAGUUGGUGACUACGAAUUAUGCUUCAGACUCCACAUCUAGUUCCCCUAAUAACUCUGUACAUGGGCCACCAAGAACAACAUCUGUAGUUGACCUUAUUUCUUCUAACAUGACGCAGCUAGCCCCAAUCAAAGAAGUAAUGCAUUCAAGAAGCAUCGCACUUAUUCCACGUGAGAAAAUCCCAUGUAAGCUCAUAGCCAAGAUAUCGAUCUCUCAUGAUGUCAGGCUCUUUAGAUUCGGAUUGCCUUCAGAGGACCAAGUUUUGGGAUUGCCGGUGGGAAAGCACAUUUUCGUGUGUGCUACAAUUGAGGACAAGCUUUGCAUGAGGGCUUACACUCCAAGCAGCUCAAUUGAUGAAGUUGGGUACUUUGAUUUGGUGGUGAAAGUUUACUUCAAGAAUGUGCACCCUAAGUUCCCCAAUGGGGGUAUCAUGUCACAAUAUUUGGACUCAUUGCCAAUAGGUGCAUGCCUAGACAUCAAGGGUCCCUUAGGGCACAUAGAGUACACUGGUCGUGGUAAUUUUAUGGUCAACGGCAAGCCAAAGUUUGCAAAGAAGCUUGCCAUGCUGGCUGGUGGGACCGGGAUCACCCCAAUUUACCAAGUGGUUCAAGCCAUACUGAAGGACCCAGUGGAUGAGACCGAGAUGUAUGUGGUGUAUGCAAACCGUACAGAAGAUGACAUUUUGCUGCGGGAAGAACUUGAUGGUUGGGCUAAACAACAUGAGAGGUUCAAGGUUUGGUAUGUGGUGGAGAAUGGCAGGGACGGGUGGGAAUACAGUGUGGGAUUCAUAACGGAGAGUGUGCUCAGGGAGCACAUUCCUGAUGGAUCGGACGACGCUCUUGCACUAGCAUGCGGCCCCCCGCCGAUGAUCAAAUUUGCCGUGCAGCCGAAUUUGGAGAAGAUGAAUUAUGAUACCACAAAUUCAUUGCUGUUGUUUUGAAGGGUAUAUGUGAAAAAGAGGUUGUUAUAUGUACAUAUUCAAAUAAAGUCAAUUGAACUUUGCUA